CAUGGACGGGCCAAAAGUCACAAAGAAACGAAAGCUCACAGACAAAUCUAUUCCCAAUGCUAUCCUCCAAAACCCCGAGUUCGCGCAGGACUCGAAGAUGUACCAAGAACUCCUCGAGACUGAGCGGAGACUCGACUGGACUAUGACCAGAAAGCGUUAUGAAGUCCAAGAUGCUUUGGCGAGGACACCUACUACAACACGAACAUUACGAAUAUUCCUGAGCCAUACAACUUCAGGACAGUUGUGGCAAACGAAUGGAGAGCAGGUUGCGAAUUUCGAGACAGGGGAGGGCAUCCCAGCUUGGCAGUUCAGGAUAGAAGGACGUUUAUUAGAAAUCCCCAAUCAACGACACCGAGACCGUGUUCCAAUGCGCAAGUUCUCCACGUUCAUAAAACGAAUGGUUAUCGAACUCGAUAGAGACCCUGCACUGUAUCCCGACGGGAACAUUAUAGAGUGGCCUCGCCUGCAUUCCGGUGCACCACCCGUACUUGACGGCUUCACAGUACGACGAACAGGAGACGUACCAACCAAAAUCCGUGUCAUCCUUCACCUCGAACACUACCCCGAACAUUUCAAACUCGCGCCUGAACUCGCCGACGUACUAGGGAUCAAGGAAGACUCUCGCCUCGGAAUCGUCCAAACCCUCUGGAACUACAUCAAAUCGAAUGGUUUGCAGGACAAGGUGGAUAGGCGGAUGAUUCGCGCUGACGAAAAACUUCGACCGAUUUUUGGUGGCGACGUCAUCCCAUUUGCCAGGCUUCCUGAAGUCGUCAACCGCUACUUGACUCACCCCGAGCCAGUCGUGCUAUGGUAUAACCUGAAUCCAACCGUUGCACCGCCCGAGCGCCCGCAGGCUUGGGACGUGGAGGUCAAGAUGGAGGACAGCAUUCUCAAGAACCGGAUGGCUACCAUGAUCCAGAGCACCAAAGAGAGCUCGCUUGCGCUGUCCAAACUUGACGAAGAGAUCGCACUGUUGGCCCAAUCGCUCCACAACUCACACGUGAAGAAGACUUUCCUCGAAUCAUUCGCUAAAGACCCUGCCAAGUUCAUUCAUACAUGGUUGGAAUCCCAGUCGCGGGAUCUCGAGAGUAUCAUGGGAAGUGGACCGAGCGAGGGUAUGACUGUGCGCCAGGAGGAGUUGAGGAGGAGCGAGUUCUUCCAGUUGCCUUGGGUCGAGGAGGCUGUCGCCAUUCAUCAUGGUACCACUCUCGCUGCCAAAGUUUAGGCCCUAGCCUACUGUUCUUGUUCGUGUGGUUCCCCCGUGUCGUUCUUUUCUUGUAGUUUACGAUACCUUUCAGGCUGUUGUAGUAUCUCUGUUCUAUAGUAUCAAUGCAUUCGCAAAGGGGUCAUCCUCCUCA